AUUCAUAUUAUGAAACUAACAACAAAGUAAUACAAAUUUAGUUUAAUAUGCGUACUUUUCAAAACUUGUAUUAAAUAUACACCCCAUGCUGUCUUCUGGCAUCACGUGCUACGAUGGUUGGCAACGCAAGUUUUUUAUUAUGUCCGGUAGCAUUUCAGUUGUGGAGCAAAAGUCGAAUGCCGAUUUUUCGCUUGCAGUGAAAUUUGGUUGAGAAAAACAAUAGAAAAGUGUCAAGUUAAAAUAAAUACUCAAAGUUCGAAAGGCUAUAGUGCGAGAAAAAUAUACAGAAAUUCGAUUUUAGGAGUGUAUAAACAGUUACGUUAAGAAAACUCCGUAAAAGUAGUCCUAUUCCGUGCCGCCUAUAAGAAUUUUUCCCAACCAUCAAUGCCUAGCAAGGUGCUCCAAUUGGAAGGUUCUGUAUGUGUGUGUGAAAAGAACGCAACCAAUGUGUUUGCCCGCAUGCAUUAAUAUAGAGUGAAAGUGACAGCAUAUUUUUACCUUUGACUAGACGUUGCAAAUCUUUAAAAUAAAAUAGCAAAAAAAACAUCUUGUUAAAAAAACACACUCAUUUAUAACUGUCAAAUAAAUGUCAAAUGCGCGAAUCUGACGUUUUCAACGUUUGCAUUCACCGUCUGAUGUAAAAAACUUUCUGGAAAAAUAAAAAAUUUUCCUAACACCAGCAACAACAAAUCAAACGGAAUUUGGUUAAAGUACGAAAAUAAUAUAAAGGCGCAUUCAAACGCAAGUAACCGUGCAUAAAGUAAUUAUAUUUCUGUGAUUGACUAGACGCGUUUAGGCGCUAUACACCUUACACCACAUUAGCCAACAUUUUCGGUGUUUCGUCAGGACAGUGCCGUCACCACGCAAAAUGUUAAUAAAUUUAAGAGUAAAAACACUCGAUGCUCAAACGCAUGACUUUAGUAUUGAUAAUGAGUUGACCAUUCGCGAAUUUAAGGACAAAAUCGCUGAGAAAACCAACAUUUCCGCAGACCAACAACGUAUCAUUUAUUGUGGUCGUGUUCUUGUUGAUGAGAAACAAUUGAAAGAAUACGAUGUCGAUGGAAAAGUGGUUCACGUGGCUGAGCGUCCACCGCCGUCACAGCGUGGUCCCUCUACUUCCAAUUCAUCUACGAACGAUACACCCAACACACGUGAGCGUACCAACAAUCGCGGUGGGAUGCGGAAUUCGCCUUUGUUUAGAGCACUGGACGGCAUGGUUGUUGGUACCAUGGCAAUACCAAUGAAUCCUGUUCAAAAUAACGGCCAACAACAGGUAAAUCCAUUUGCGGCUUCUUCGUCAUUUUGUAUGAACCGCAUAACAGUGGCUCGGCAUAUGUUAGACUGUGCAAAUAAUAUUGCUGCCUAUUUGGAGGAUCCGGAACGGGGUCUUAAUAACACUUCUCUAGAUAUAUUGGCGCGCGGCAGCUGGACCAUGGAAUCCACUGUGGUCGAAGUGGGGUUUACCGCCGCUGACUUACCACAAAACCAAAAUAUUGUGGAAAUGGUACAAGAUGCUGUCUCAGCAGCGUUACGUCGAAACAGCAACACAAACGUGACUGUUGUGCAGUUACCCACAGUCUUCGGUUCCAACGAGGGUGAAGCUGCCGCUGCGAAUGGUGCCGAAGGUGUGGCUAGUAUGGAUGCAACUGACAAUACUGCUGCUGUUGAUGCGGACGUGGAUGUGGAUGCUGAUGGUGAUGCCGAUGCUGCUGCUGCUGUUAUUAUAGAGGAUGUUAUUGAUGAUGCUUACGAAGGAGUGGCUGCUAAUAUUAGCCUUGCUUCCGACACUACUGGUACCAGUUCUACCAAUAAUACCACAUCAUCUGCUAACACAACAACAUCCGACGCAUCCACAACCGACAUCUCGAGUGCAUCUACAACAACGGGUACAAACACGGAGGAGAAUCCCUCACGUCGCCGCACCAACACACGAGUUUUGGCGGAAGUGGUCGAACAAAUGCGCAUUGUACAGACACGUCUCAAUCCCUUCAUACAGCAAUUCUACGAAUUGUUAAAUAAUGAUCCAACAUACGAGGAAGAGAAUACAACCGAUCGCGAUAAUGCACAGCGCCUUUACAAUCGUGUUUCUGAGGCGCUACACUAUAUGUCGCAUGCCCAACAUGCCAUAUCUGAUUUGAUGUUGGACGUAUCACAGCCUGCACCGCGUUUUCUCACUUGUCGCCCUAUAUUGGUAGAGCAAAGUGGUUAUGUUAGUUCCAAUAAUUAUUUAUCAGCUGCUGCAGCGGCUGCUGCUGCCGCCGCCUCUGGUAAUAACCAACAGCGUCCACGUUCACGCACCUUUAUAUCACCACGUUACAAUCAUCCUGUCACCAUAACAACCAGUUCACCACCGACCACUGCAAGCGGUAAUGUUAAUAGUACAGCAGGUGGAAAUGCUGCUGUUGCUGCCGAAGCAGGCAACAAUAGUGGUGGUAGUAGUAGUGCUGGAAACGGCGGCGCUGGUAGUAGCGCCGAUAAUAAUCGCAACACCAGCAGCACAACUGCAAGCGCCAGUGCAAGUGGCAGCGGCAGCGGUAGUUCGAUUGAUGAUCCAGUUGAUGAACCGCUAAUCAAUCCGAAUGCAACGAGUACUACAGCAGCAGCAGCGAAUGCGGCCACGCAAAGCAACGAUAAUCCGCAGGUGCAAAUGUCACGUCUAAUUCAGGCCAUGGUGAAUUCCGCGCCCAUUAACACUGAACUGCAUGUGCAAAUUCUACCACCCACCAUACUAAGUGUGCCAGUGAAUGCGCGUGGUGGAAACAAUGGUAAUGGUGAGCAGCAGCAACGUGCCACCGCCGCCGCAACCGCAGACGCCACGGCAACAGCUGCUGCGAAUAAUAGCAACAACAAUGCAAAUGCCAAUGCCACAGGCAGCAACAGCGGCGCUAAUGUCAACAAUAAUCGCAACAGCAACAAUGCAGCACCAGCCGCUGGUAUCGUUUUGACUCCUAAUAGCGGUUAUCGUCCGGUCUCCGCUUCAUUGGCAAUUGGCACGCUACCAACCACAUCCACACAAACACGUUCAACUUCGCGCCCGCAACUGCAGAUCGGCGGCUUACCGGCUAACGGUUGGAAUGGUCGCUUUAUACCAGCCAAUAUGAUGUCCUCUUUCGAUCGCUUCCUACCAUGCAAUAGUCACCACAUUCGGGAGCCCGAAAACGGCAAUAAUGGCAACGCAGCUAAUGCCAGUGCCACGUCGAAUGGCAACGGCAACGGCAACACCAAUGCAAAUGCUUCCAUGAACAAUACAACGCCACAAAUAAUAAUAGGCGGUGCGCCUCCAGUCACAGCGCGUACCAAUGCACCCCCACCGCCACCGCCAAUGCGUCCAGCCAACCAUUUCUUCUCAUUGCGCAACUUAAUAUCUGGACAAAAUCGCAAUACUCCAACGGCUCCAGCUGCGCCAUCCACAUCCGGCACAGCUGCAGCCGCCGUCGUCGCCGCCUCCUCCUCCUCCUCCUCUGCUUCCUCAAGCGCUGCUAACACGGACGACUACCGGCGCAAUUUACGCACUCAGCUACUAAAUUUCGUUAAUCAACGCAUCUUCGCCGGUGGCGCAAUCAACGAGGAGACCGUUCCAUCUGCGGUUAAUCGCGCCGUCGACUGGUUUGGUGAAUCACUGGAAUUAUUGCCACAAUAUGAGAAGCCGGAGUAUGACUCACGCCACUCGGUCGUGAAACUUUUGCGGCACAUGUUGCCGCUAUUCAUCGAAAUCGUGCGCGAUGAGCAGAGUAAUCUAGCGACGUUCGAGCAGCGCAUCAAACGGGUUUGCGAAGACUUCGUUAGACGUCUGUAUAGCGUGUUGUAUGUGUGUGUGGGCCGCAAUAAUGCGCAACAAUAUUGGGUACAAUUUAUGCGUUUACUCUGGGUGCCGACGCUAUCGUAUUUCCGAGGUGAAGCACUACGUUUCUUAAGCAUGUACAUUAACACAGUGAAUCCAUCCACCACGGACACAGCUGAUGUACAACAAUUUAUUGUACAUAGAGAUGCACCCAGCGUGGCGCAACCAGAUGCACCCCUGGAAACCGAUGUCGAAAUGGUCGAAGUAGCGUCUACAUCCGAAACAAACCCGCAUAGUCAAUUCUCCAUAGACAUCGACGACGACGACGAUGACGACGAUGUAGAACUCGAACUUGCGCCUGCCGAACCAUUACCCAACAUUAGCGCCGGCUCCGAGCCGUGGCAUAGAAAUUUUUCCACUGACUGGUUGCCGAUCAUAACACGCGAUCUACAUACACAAAGUGCAAAUCCGCUAAAUCAGAUACCGUUCUCGGAUGCGUACAUAUCAGGCAUGUCGGCUAAACGAAGGAAAAUGGUACAGAACAACAAACCGCCAACCGAUAUCAACUCACUCGUAGCACGCAGCGUGCGCAAAGCCAUACAGACGGUGGGACCACGUGCGUCCACGACAGCCGCCGCGGAAUCGCUAACGGCCGAGGAAAUCACAGAAGCAAUCGCCAACGAGGCGACGGUGCACACUUCAUUUAGAGAUGCGGUGCGUACGAACGUGCGCGAACGCUUGCAAAAAGACACCAAUUACAAAGCUGAGAAAUUUCCGCAUACCGCAAAGUUCGUUAAUAAAUAGAAAUCAUAGUUUGGUGCUUCGUAGGCAAUGAGCAUAUAUACAUACACACUAUAUAUUUAAACAAGGAAAGCAGACACAGAAGACGUAGAUGAAGAGGUGAAAAGGAAAAAAACAUUAGCAUGUAUACGCGGAUUACAAGUAACUCAAACGAAACUAAGUUAUAUAAUAAUAAAUCUUAAUGACAGUGACGAUUAACGAUGUGGCAGUUAAUGAGCAGUUGCUGGUACUUGUUAUACAAAAACAAAAACAAAAACGAUAAAAAAAAAUAAUUUGAUUAUAUGUAACUAUAUUUUAUUUUUAUUAUUUUUAUUUAAGUUUAUGCUUUUUCUUAUUGAUAAAUUAUGCAUUCAGCGAAACAGGUGGAAAAAUAGAACAACCGUUAGUGGAAAACAAACAAAAGAAAAUACUAAUUAAAAACAAAAAAAAUUGUACUUUAUACGAUAUUAAUACAUAUAUUAUUAAAGAAAAAAAAAAGAAAAAGAUAACUUGAAACACUAAGAUUUCACGCAUAUUGAGAGCUAAGUUUAAUUAAGGCAGACAACCCAUAUCUAGAGAAAGCAAAACAGACGCAUAACAAACAACUAUAACAAGAUUCACACAUUUAUGUAUAGUGCAUAUAAAAAAUAAGGCAAAUAAAAUAUAAUCCAAUGCACUUGUAU